GGAAAAAGACUGAACUAUGCCAACGGGGAACCCCUUUAGCAACGGCCUAUAAAUAGAUAUAAUUUCUUCUAGUUCUGUACUCUAAAUUCUCCAAACUAAAGCGCCUUUGGUUAUUGUUAACAUGAAGAAAAAGAUAGUUAUAAAGUUGCAAAUGAAGGAUGCGAAAUGCAGAUCCAAGGCCAUGCAGACGGCGGUGGACGCAGAUGGUGUGACUAAGGUGGAGAUACAAAAAGACAAAGAUGAGAUGGUGGUGAUAGGAGAAGAAGUGGAAACAAUUAGGCUAACCAAGUCACUGAGGAAAAAAUUUCAAUAUGCGGACAUAGUGAGUGUGCAAGAAGAGAAAGAGAAAAAGGAGGAGGAGAAGAAGAAAGAGGAGACAGUGACUCUAACGCCGUUGCCAGCCAUAAGUUACCAUCCAUAUCCUAUUUAUGAAGCAUAUGAUCCAUACCAAACUAGUUUUUGCACCAUUUUGUAAUCAACAGUAAUUCACUGAUAUUUCAGCUUGAAUUAGUACUAUUAUAUAUCAUAUAUAGAAGAAUUAUAUAUGAUAUAUAGUUGGUGUUAUAUAUAUGGACAAACAGUUUCAUGUGUGAAUGAUAUUGAAGCAGAAUCAAAGAAUUAAUGAAAUAUUUUUCAUGUUA